AGACAGGAGAGAAAACGGACACACCGAGCAUCCUGCGCCGCGGACACACCAUCCUGAUGAUCCGACACUCAGAUUAGAUUAGAUUAGAUUAGAUUCUAUUAGACCGCGUGUGUGUAUGAGUGAGUGAGUGAGUGUUAGUGUGUGAUCUGCCUGCUGUGUUACUGUGCUUCUUUAGCAGUGUGUGUGUGUGUGUGUGUGUGUGUGUGUGUGUGUGUGUGUGUGUGUGUGUGUGUGUGUGUGUGUGUGUGUGUGUGUGAUCACGGAGCGGGAACCAGGAGAUCAGGGCUAGAGCUCACUUCUCAUGCACGUCGCGUCGCCUGGCUGCAUCUGGACAUCCUCCCUCCCUCUCUCUCUCUCUCUCUCUCUCUCUCUCUCUCUCUCUCUCUCUCUCUCUCUCUCUCUCUCUCUGUAUGUGUGUGUGUGUGCGUGUGUGUGCGCGCGCGCGCGCGAUAGAGAGAGAAAGAGUGUAGUGGAAAUACAGUGCAUGUGCAUGAGAGACAAGACUGAGAUGAGGAAUGUAAACUGAAUCUAAAUCAGACACUCGGAUAGGACAGUGUCCGAUGCUCGACUGAUUGGAUAUUGGGGUAGAAAGGAAACAGCAGUGCAUGAAUUAAACAGCGUCCCUGCGCGUGCAUCCGGUGGAGGGGGAGAGAGAGAGAGAGAGAGAGAGAGAGAGAGAGAGAGAGAGAGAGAGAGAGAGAGCAACUCACAUGCACUAGCGUUAUUUAGUCGUAUUUGUUUUUUGUUUUUUUGUUUGUGUUUACACACACACACACACACACACACACACACACACACACACACACACACACACACACACACACACACACUUGCACUCAUGGCUUCGCUGUACCAAAGGUUCACGGGAAAAAUCAACACUAGUGCAUCUUUCCCCGGUCCCCCGGAGGCCAGCCGUCUGCUCGGUGCGCGUGAGAAGGCGACCAGGAGUCCGGAGCCCGAGCACCGACGCGGGACCGCGCGCGAGGACGAGGACGAGCUGGUGGGGAUCACUCCUACUCAGAGGAACUGGAAGGGAAUAGCCAUCGCUCUGCUGGUCAUCCUCUUCAUCUGCUCUUUGAUCAUCACCUCCGUUAUCCUGCUCACUCCACGUGAGGAUGACAGCUUGGCCUCCAAGAAGAAAGUUACAGUGGAGGACCUGUUCAGCUCGGAACUGCAGGUUCACGACCCCCAGGCCAGGUGGCUCAGUGACACAGAGCUGCUGUACCGUAACCAAGAUGGAGAUGUGCUCCUGCUGGACGUGGAGAACAACAGCACACGAGUUCUGGUGGAGAACAAGAUGUUUGAGACGUAUAAAGCCAGCAAGUACCAAGUGUCUCCUGAUCUAACUCAUGUUCUACUGGCCUACAACAUUGUCCCUCUGUACCGAUUCUCCUACACGGCCUCCUACAUCAUAUGCAGCCUGAAAACUCCGGAGACGACGGUUUUAUCGGCUCCUGAAGUGCAGAACACAACGCUGCAGUUUGCUGGAUGGGGUCCGAAAGGCCAACAACUGGUCUUCAUCUUUGAGAACAACAUCUACUACCAAGACACUGUGAAGGUCAAACCCAUCCGCCUGGUCACCACAGGACGAGAGGGCGUGGUCUUUAACGGACUCCCCGACUGGCUGUACGAAGAGGAGAUCUUCAGGUCUCACGCUGCACACUGGUGGUCCCCGGACGGUCUCAGGCUUGCAUACGCCACCAUCAACGACACUCUGGUGCCCAGGAUGGAGCUCCCCAUGUUCACGGGCGGCCUGUACCCCGGCGCUCAGGAGUACCGCUACCCUAAAGCCGGAGAGGAGAAUCCUGAGGUCUACGUGUCAGUGGCGAGUCUGAUCGGGCCUCUACACACAGUCCGCAUGAAGAAGCCCGAGGACCCCAGGAUCGGGAAGGAGUAUUACAUUACCAUGGUGAAGUGGGCCACCAGCACCAAACUGGCCAUCAACUGGCUGAACCGAGCACAGAACAACUCCAUCCUCACCCUGUGUGAAGCCACCACCGGAAUCUGCACUAAGAAACAUGAGGAUGAGAGUGAGAGCUGGCUGCACAGACAGAAUGAAGCUCCACUGUUCUCCAGAGAUGGCCUCAGGUUUUUCUUCACCCGUGCAGUACCACAGGGGGGUCGAGGGAAGUUCUACCACAUCUCUAUGUCCACCUCACAGCCCAACAGUAGCUCAGACACGCUGCAGUCUUUGACGUCAGGUGAUUGGGACGUUACAGAGAUUUUGGCAUACAAUGAGUACACACAGCUGGUAUAUUUCCUGAGCACAGAAGACAAUCCGAAGCGACGACACCUGUACAGUGCCUACACCACAGGCUCGUUUAACCGCCGCUGUCUGUCCUGCGAGUUCAGCUGUGGCUUCGUCAGUGGCUCGUUCAGCUCCGACACAAACUACUUCCUCCUCAACUGUAAAGGUCCUACGGUUCCCUACACAGCCGUCUACAGCACACGAGACCGACUCUAUCAGAAGCUGCUGGAUGUGGAGAAGAACGACAUGCUGAGCUCCACAAUCAACUCCAUGCAGAUGCCCCGAGUGGAGUAUCAGGAAAUCACCAUCGACGACUACACUCUGACCAUCCAGAUCCUGAAACCUGCAGCUUUCACAGACACGGCACAUUACCCCUUACUGCUGUUGGUUGACGGCACCCCCGGUGGUCAGAUGGUAACGGAGCAGUUCCAGGUGGACUGGGCGACGGUGUUGGUGAGCUCCUACAGCACCAUCGUGAUGCGUUUCGAUGGGAGGGGCAGCGGCUUUCAGGGCACCAACCUGCUGCACCGGAUCAAGAGGAAACUCGGCGAGAUUGAGGAGCUCGACCAGCUGGAGGCGCUCAGCAUCAUAACUAAAGAGUCGUACAUCGACAAGACCAGGAUCGGUGUGUAUGGACGGGUGUAUGGUGGAUAUCUCGCCAGUCUGUUGCUGAGCUCUGACGACUCGCUCUUCAAGUACAACUUUAAACUGAAAUGCGGCGCCGCCGUCUCUCCCAUCACAGACUUCAGUCUCUACGCCUCUGCGUUCUCUGAGCGCUAUUUAGGAUCUCCUCGAGCCAAUCCCCGAGUGUAUGAGACGUCCAGUUUAGCUCAUCGAGCAGGUCAGCUGGAGGACAAGAACUUUUUAAUCAUCCACCCGACAGCAGACGAAAACGUCCACUUCCAGCACACGGCUAAAUUCAUCAACUAUUUAAUAAAUAAAAAGGCCAAUUACACACUGCAGAUCUACCCCGACGAGGGGCACUUGCUGCAGUCGGACGUUUCUCGGCAGCACUUGGAUCAGUCGCUCGUCAGCUUCUUCGAGGUGUGUUUCAGGCUGCCGGAGAUCCUCAGCGAGGAUGAGAUGGAGCAGGAGGACGAGGACGACAGCUAAACGCAACCUGCAACUUGUUUCUCUAAAAAAAAUUUUAUAAUAAAUAAAACCUGCAUCAUGUAAUUCUUCUCCUUCAUUAUCAUCAUCAUCUCCAUCUGGGACGACGCAUCUGCAUGGACCGAUCGCACCUCACCUCUGAAAGCAGAGGGGAGAGAGAGAGAGAGAGAGAGAGAGAGAGAGAGAUUCUUUGUCCCUUCCUCCCUGCUGAAGCUGUGCAGCGCCCCGGUGUGGACGGAGGCGGUUGAGACGCAGCUGUGAGGAGAAAUAUAGCACAAGACGCCACAGAGCAGAGCAGGACGUUUGCACACCAUGUUCAUCUCCAUCAUUACUACAGAAUAACCGGCACCUGUCUCCUCCUCCUCAUCAUAAGCUUUAUCAUCUUUAUCAUCAUCAUCACGCCUGUUCAACCUCAGAAUCACAGCAGAACUAAACUGUAGCACUCUUAUAGAAAUGACUUUAAAGAGAACGUUCAGUCUUUAUCUUUAGCGCUAAAACAUGGCCACGGUCGCGUCCUCGCUGCUCUGACAAAACUACGAGGCAAACGUAAACAAACCGCUUCAUUUUAGUCCAAAGUGAAAUGUUAUCGAUUGCGUCAAUACAGUUCUGUUGUUUCAGACUUUGGGAGGUGGGGCAUAGAGGGGCGGGGUCACCAGAAAUGAACAGACAGAGAAUAAUAAGAAUUUUA